AAGCUUUUGAGUAGGUAACAGAGGUCACUUCGAUGUCCGCUAAUCUACGGCACUUUCGCAGCGCCUCGCGCGUCGCCUUUCCGCAACGGAGGGACGGCACGGUUCGCAUUUGCACUUGACUAGUAGAACACGGCGCAGUGCGCACGUAGGUUUAUAGAUCGAAUAAACCUUUUUUUUUUAAGUUAUCGUAUAUUGUGCAUAAAAUAUUUUAAUGUCAGUAUUUAAUUUAAACAUGGAUGCAAAUUAUGCACUAUUUCAAACAAUAUUAAUGUUUUUCUGUUUGCUUACGAGCAUCACGGAAAGUAACCACGAACUACAAGAUAUCGAAUUUUUUUUUUCAAAGUGCAAGAAGCAAUCGGCACAAUUCGAUGCUUGCAUGAAACAGGCUCUAAACGAUCUGAGACCAUACUUUAAGAGAGGUAUACCGGAAAUUGGCGUCGCACCUUUUGAUCCCCACACGGCGAAGCAAGUCAAACAGACACGUACAAUACUUGGACUUAAAUACACUAUCAUUUUGCGCGAUGUUUAUGAAUAUGGCUGGACUCAAUCUACCGUUACUAAAUUCAAGACUAACUGGGCAAACGCAUCCAUCAUCUAUUCGCAGUAUUUCCCAGAAAAAUACUUAGAGGGACAAUAUGAAUUCAAGAACGGGGUGUUGGGAGCGGGAGCAGACACAGUGCGCUCCGGUCGAUGGAACCUCACGCUGCGCGACUACGCGCAGACAACGCGUGUGGCGCGGCGCGGCGCGGCCUUCGACGUCCGCGUGGAGAUCGACCGCAUAGGCGACAUGAAGCUGCAUAUCACUAACCUACUUACUGGCACCGGAUUAGAACAACUAGUUGACGGUGUGAUCAACACGUUUUGGAAACCGGGGUUUAGACUAGUCAGACCUGUGAUCAAUGACCUUGUAAGCAGUGCCUUUACCAAUAUCUGGAGUGAAUCCUUUAAGCAUUUCAAUGUCCAAAACUUAAUAAAAAACUAGUUUAAGCUCGAUCCACGUAUUACGAAGUACUACUUACAUAAAAUAAAACUGGUCAAGUGCUAGUUAGACCGCGCCAAGAUUGCAACCAUCACAUGCAUGAGCUUGAUGAAAUAAAUAAACAAACCCAAUCCCACCACAAAACAGAACUUCACUUUUAGCACAGAAUAACCAAUAGUACUACAAGUACCUAAUUGCCAACCGACAAGAGACAGAUCUGUCUGUCUGUGUAAUUCCGCCACGAAAGUUUUUGGCCGUUUGGGCCGACUUAGUUGACUUCUCAUGGUUUUUUAGUCGAUGGCCUUACAGGAGAUAUUGGGGCAUCUUUGAUCUUGACUACAAAAUAGGAUUGUGGGCGAACCGGUCGCAAAACCGAAAUUCGCAAAAUGCAGGGAUCUUUCUCUUUUACUCUUACUAAGACGUAAUUAGUGAUAGGGAAAAAUUACCGCAAUAGGGUUGUUUCCAUCUACAAAUCUUACGCCUGAAUUGUAUCCCAAUAAAUUCUUUUGGAUUAUAAGAACAUGUUAAACUACUUUUAGGGGACCUGUAAUGACCAUAUUUUUGUAAAUAUUGAAUUUAAAAUAUCUUUUCGCACACGUCACGUGACCAAACUCGAAACGUCAUUGAAGAUUCUGAUGACGUCACAACUCUCGGAUUGACACUGUUGACAGUUAGGCGAUAAACAACAAAUGACAAAUGUCAGUUGACAGUUCGUAUCUUCUACUACGUGUGUAUGUAGUUAUGUGUCAAACCGUAAACUGUGACGUCACGCAAUUUUCAAAGAGCGUUUUGGGCGCGAAAGCAUCUGUCAAAAUAUAUUUUGUUAAUUUAACAUAUUUAAAGCCGUUUUUAGUGUAAAAGUUGAAUUUUAGGGCAACUUUUAGUUAAUAUAGAACGUAAUACAAGCGUUUCAAAAAAUUGGAAACAACCCUAUUGAUGAACUUCGAUUUUUGCGGUUAUAGCCCUGGGCCUUGGGACCGUGCAGGACAGCGCCACAUAGCGGUUGCAACUACAUUUAGUACGGCAGAAGUCGGCAGAAGUAUAUGUGCACUUAUAUUGGGAAAAUAAAACAACUGCUUAAAUUACAUAUUUCAAUAUUAUUAUUAUUUAUUAAAAAUAUAACCUAACUAUA